AUGGAAGUGAAACUCACUACUAUUAAGACCUUAUUGUCAAAUUGCAAGGGUCUUGAAAGUUUAAGUUUCAAGAGGUGUUGGAAUUCAGAUGAAUUUGAUUUAGGAGAGGAGAACCCAAGGUUGAGAAAGUUGGUCGUGGACAGAUGCAUGUUUGGACCUAAUAGUCAUUAUUUUAUAGUCAAUGCUCCAAACUUACAAUAUUUCUAUUAUUCCGGGUUGAAUAAUAACUUUUUGGUCAUAGACGUGCGUUCCCUUGUGAUGGAAGAGUCAGUUCUUGAUUUCUGUAUUGAGUUUGAAGGAAAUGCUCUUUUUCUCUACAAACUGAUGGAAAAUAUCUCUGGUGGUAGUACUUUAACUGUGUGUAAUUACUUUCUUCAGGUUGUUCCCAUUGGAGGCUGCCUGCUCCGAAUGCCACAUAGCUUAAAUGUGAGGAGUUUGACAAUGAAGACAUCAUUGGAACAAAAUGAGCUUUUAGGAAUCACGUUCUUGCUUAAUAGAUGCCUUGAAUUAGAUCAUCUCACUAUCGAGUUAGGUCUCCCGAAAAAAUAUUUGGAUUAUGAGUUACCUGUCAACUUUAAGUCUGAGAGAUUUUGGACUGAUCAUGCAAGGGCUUAUGCAUGUAUGAUAUAUACUCUUAGAGAGGUGGUGAUUAAAGGCUUUAAAGAUCUAAGAAUGAGAUUCAUAUGCUUACCUAUUUCAUUACCACUGGAAGAGUCUUGA